GAAACCGCCAACCAAAAUGCAAGCCCUCUGCGGCGCUCUUCCAUUCUUCUCCGUGUGGAAACAAACGCUCGAAGCAAGGAGUUUCAAACUGAGGUCAGCCCGCGUUAAUAACGAAUCGGCGUCACGGAUUUGAAGUACAAUUUGAUACAUUGCCGCUCCCACGUGUUCUCAGCCGUCCUCCCGCCGAGGCGCCCGCCUUAACCGCGUUCGCCCGCCCCUCAGCCUGCGUUCCGGACGGCAGCCACAGCCCCCAGCCGCGUGCGGACGCGCAAACCGGUGAGAAAUCAGGCCUCACUGGAAACACUGAGCAGAAGUUGGAGAGCUGCUUCUUAGGAACUGAGGAAACUCAUGCAUCAGAAAAGGUGACUCAUAAAUAUACCAAAAGAAUAUGGCUGCACAGAUAUCAGAAUCUGAUCAGAUAAAACAGUUUAGGGAAUUCCUGGGAACCUACAAUAAACUUACAGAAACCUGCUUUUUGGACUGUGUUAAAGACUUCACAACAAGAGAAGUAAAACCUGAAGAGAUCACCUGUUCAGAACACUGCUUACAGAAAUAUUUAAAAAUGACACAAAGAAUAUCCAUGAGGUUUCAAGAAUACCAUAUUCAGCAGAACGAAGCCUUGGCAGCUAAAGCAGGACUUCUUGGCCAGCCUCGAUAGAGAAGUCCCAAUGGGUGGACCUGAGUGGAGGCUGCCGU